AACAUUGAGUAGGAUCAGAAUCCUAUCGCCUAAUUGUUGAUAUCAUUACAUAGUUCUUACUGGAGAUUCGAUACAGUACUCCGUGACCAGAUAACGGAUAUCUGCCCCUGGGAACUUAGUAGCGUAAUCUGUAUUUUAUUGAUUGUCGCGUUGGGGCAAAGUGGACGUAGGAUGUCUAGUGAUUUUGACCCGGUUCUUUAAAGCCUCUACAAUGGUGACCAUGUCUCCCCAAGUCGUUCAUUUGGCCAUUGUGGUACUUGGUAGUGUUUGUUUGAGCUACAGUCAAGAAACAUCGAUAAAGCCUCGACUGUACUAUCUCCAUAUCAAGUCUGACAUCAAGUUCCGGUUCUCCACGACAUUGAUCACUAGCAAGGUCAUGAACCCUAGUUCCGUUGCCCAGGAAUCAUCGUUCCAUGUCACACUUCCGGAUGAGGCGUUCAUUACGAAUUUCGAAAUGAAGAUCGAUGGACGGAUGUACCCAAGUCAGAUAGAUGAGAAGCACAGUGCCGACACUAAGUAUCAAAGGUCAAAGAGUAAAGGUCAAAGUGCAGGCCAGGUUCGACAGAGGCCACGGGAGACAAACAAAUUCCAGGUUAAUGUCAAUGUGGCACCACAGAGCACCGUGACGUUUAAUCUAACCUACCAGAAUCUUCUCCGCCGUAACCAUGGCAUCUACGAACACGUGAUCUACCUUGACCCCGGUCAGGUGGUAGAUGACCUCAGGGUAGAUGUCGCCAUACAGGAGUCACGUACCAUAACCUCCAUUAAAGUACCGCCAAUAAGGGAUGAUAUUAUUGAGAACUUUUCAGAUACAGCCAGAAACGAGUUAGUAUCGAUCGACCGUCCGACACGGGAGACGGCCAGGGUACAGUACUACCCCAGUGUAUCGGACCAACGACUCGCGUCCACUCGGGGACUUUCGGGUCUCUUCAUUGUGGAGUACGAUGUUGACAGGAACUUUGAUGCUGGAGACGUACUGGUUGUGAACGGGUUCUUCGUCCAUUUUUUUGCCCCAACCGGUAUGGAUCCUAUACCAAAGGAUAUUCUGUUUGUACUUGAUACUAGUUCGUCCAUGUUUGGAACUAAAAUCGCACAACUUCGAGACGCCAUGCACAUCAUUCUCAAUGAUCUCCACGAAGGAGACAGAUUUAACAUAAUCAAAUUUAACACGAGAACGACAUUCUGGAGACCAGGGAAGGUGAUAUCGGCUACUCGUCAAAAUAUCGCCGAGGCGGUGGGAUAUGUGGCAACGAUGACUUCAGCAGGAUGGACUAACAUCAACGAGGCUAUGACGUAUGGCCUCGAUUUCCUCAAUAGUAUCGGUGACGACGUUGGUCGAGUAAAGCUGAUGGUUUUCCUCACGGACGGAUCCCCGACCAAAGGGAUUGAGAAUACAGAUAUCAUUCUAGAGAACGUCAAGACUCGGAAUAUUGGGCAUAUCGCUAUUUUCACUCUCGCUUUUGGAGAGGACGCCGAUUACGAGUUCGUUAAGAAGGUUGCCCUUCAGAACAACGGAGUGGCAAGGAAAAUUUAUGAAGAAUCUGAUGCGGUGCUUCAAAUAAGUGGUUUUUAUGAGGAAAUAUCUCGCGCGGCUUUAAAAAAUGUGACAUUUAGUUAUUUGGAUGGUGUAAAUAACCUUCAGAACGUAACCAAAAGUUCUUUCAAUUCCUUUUUCUCUGACUCUGAACUUGUUGUGGCUGGUCGUAUAAAAAAUAAUGAUAUGAAAAUGCUGAGACUUACCGUGGAAGGAAACGGUGUACAAGGGGACAUUUCACUUGCCCUUACGGCCAGUAUUCUGGAACAUUCAACGCCCACAAUGUUCCCAGGUCUAACGAGGCCAGAGGAUUUCCAGAAAAUCACAGAAAGGAUAUGGGCAUACGUCACCAUAAAACAGUUGUUGGACGAGGCAGUAGGACAACUCAAUUCUAGUGCCAUUCAUAGGGAAAAUGUGAGACAAAAGAUCAUUGCCUUGUCAAUGAAGUACCAGUUUGUGACCCCUCUGACGUCAUUGGUGGUCAUAAAGCCAGACGAAAGAGAAGUAGGAAAUUUACAGGAAGGCGAGGAUGCUGAAUUGGUACUGCGACAAGUUGCACGAGACAUGCCGUCCCCUACCCCUGGUCCAUUCACGGGAUAUGCCUGGAGGAGAAAGAAGCCUGGCUCACGACUCAUGACCACAGAAGGCAAGAGUAUUGCUGGGGGAGGAGGAGGUGAUCCCCAUUUCAUGAUUCGUGUACAAGGAAUAGCUCAUCCUGUGUGCUUUGAUAUUAUAGCAGAGCCAGGAAAUAUCCUGCGACUACUUCGAGACCCGCAUAAAGGUUUCGUAAUCAACGCCUUGAUAAUACCAGGGAACAGGAAGAGAAAGGAUGGCAGGAUGCGUACCUACUUUGGCAGGAUUGCCCUUCUUCUCCACAAUAUCAGUGUUAUGGUCGACCCUGCCACUAUAAAUGUAGGCGAUCUGUCCUUGUCCUGGGAUGACGAGCGGCCUGUUAAUCACCAUGACCUCCGGUUUUAUAUAUUCUCAGACGAUACAGAUACACGUGUGUUACAUGUAGAUGUGAGAAACAGUAUCCAAAUAAGCAUUAAAAGGCAUUUAGCCGUGGACUAUAGCCAAGUUAACUAUUUGAAUGUGUAUCUAGACAAAGAGGACGGAUUAUCUGGUCAAGCUGGAGGAGUACUCGGACAAUUGCGUCAUAAGAAGAUAAAGAUAAAAGACAUUUUUGUUAAUAACAAAGGAGAAAAGAUAGGGAAAUUAAUAGUACAAGAAGGUAGAACGCGAUCCAGGGUACGAACGAGGCUUAAACCCCGACAUGAUGUCAUUGAUAAACACGAGGAAAAGUGCUGGACAGCGCAUACAAAAGUCCAGGGGCUUUUAACUGGCAACUAUUUCUGUAAGGGAUUGUACGAUUGGUAAUGUACACUGUGAUAGUAUACAUCAACUCGAAUGGUGCUAGGGUAUCAACUACAGCAAAUAGGAGAGUUCCAUAGUGUUGUAACAGAUGUGAUCGAGAAAGGUGAGGGAUAACCCAUCCCCUCGGUAUCCCCUUUCGUAACUCCUCCGGAUGAAAACUCUGAUGAAAUUAGUCUGUGUAUAGAAUACAACAAGUGAACGCCAUUGCACCACAUCAUUAAUUAGACAACUUUUGUAUUUAUCACACAACUUUUGUUUUGAUUAGAAAACUUUUGUAGUGAUCAGACAACUUGCGUAUUGAUCAGACAACUUUUGUAGUGAUCAGACAUUUUUUAUAUGGAUCAGACAACUUUUGUAGUGAUCAGACAACUUUCGUAUUGAUCAGACAACUUUCGUAUUGAUCAGACAACUUUUGUAUUGAUCAGACAACUUUUGUAUUGAUCAGACAUCUUUUGUAUUGAUCAGAUAAUUUUUUUUGUUGAUCAGUCAGUUUUGAUAUUGAUCAGACAACAUUUGUAAUGAUCAGACAACUUUCAUAUUGAUCGGACAACUUUUGUAUUGAUCAGACAACUUUUGUAUUGAUCAGACAACUUUUGUUUUCUAUUGUUCACACAACUUUUGCAUGGAUAAACAACUUUUGUAUUUAUCGGACAUCGUUUGUAUUGAUAGAAAACUUGUAUUUAUCAGACAUCUUUUGUAUUGAUGAAAUAACUUUCAUAUUGAUCAGACAAAUUUUGUAUUGUUUAUCAUUCUACGGAACAAUCUCUAACUUAUGAAUUUUAAAAACGAACUGUCUCUAACCGAGAAAUCACAACGUAACGACCGAUAUCAACAGGAACAAUGUCAAACAUUAUAUCAACAGGAACAAUGUCAGACAUUAUAUCAACAGGAGCAAUGUCAGACAUUAUAUCAACAGGAGCAAUGUCAGACAUUAUAUCAACAGGAACAAUGUCAGACAUUAUAUCAACAGGAACAAUGUCAGACAUCAUAUCAACAGGAACAAUGUCAGACAUUAUCAGUGAUUUUGAUAGAAAUGUUAGAGAACGAUAUCACCUCUCUACAGUUUAUGAGGCGAAGCGAGGCCAUGUCUUUAUCUCAAUGUUAGUGGUAAAACACACCAUUAGAUGCUGUGAAAUCCUACAUAAUGUUACAUGUUGACCUGUUUUAGCCGUAUUUUAAUAAUGCAUUAUUUAAUUGUACUUUCAUAUUUAUGUUUACAAAAAUCUAUUUUAGCAAAAGAUUACGUCUACAAUCUUCCAAAGCGACAUGCUAUAUGAUAUUGCAAGUCCAGUUUUAAUAUAUUACAGUAGACGAUGACGGUGCCUUAAUGUAUGGGCCUUGUCAAUAUUACAGUAGACUAUGAUGGUGCCUUAAUAUAUAAGCCUUGUCAAUAUUACAGUAGACAAUAAAGGUGUGCUAUUUAAUAUUUAUAGUUACGUCUACACAUAAAAAUGUAUAUUAUAUAUAUUGAAAUGGUACGAUUGAUAUUCCUAUCAAAUUAACUUGCUUGGAUGUUAGGCGUAACUUUGUACAUUGUUAAAAUGCUGUUGAUAUUAUUACGAGAAGUGUUUUGUUUAAUUGUUUAUUUGUUUGUUUAUUGUAUCAUUGUAAAUAUCUGUAAUAAAUGCAAUGUCAAUCAAUUAAGUUUUAUUGAUAUAUCAAAAUACAAAACACAAAAAGUAAACAGACAAAUAACUGACAGAAAAAAAGUAAAUCAAACUAUGUACAGUACAAUAUUACAUGAAAUAAAACGUGGUACAAAUGUAAUCAUACAUUCACUUACAAAGUAGUCAUUGAACACAUUCUAGGUCAUUAAAGCAAGGAUGUAAUACUGGUAGUAACUUUGAAUAGUUGUGAUGUUUUGCCAUUUCUGUCUAACGAAAUUAAUACGAAUAUUCCCCAGGUUGGGGUUCCCCGGUCCACUGAAAAUGUUAGGGUUACUGUCUUUCAAAUACCCUUGUGCUCUUAGUUAUCAAUAAACCUAUACAAUAAUACCAAUUGUCUCGUUGUAGAAACUUCACACUUUAAUUUAAAAUAAAUUCCACAUCAUUUGAAUUUCCAAUGAACAAAUUAAUUGAUGGAGUCACCAGUAAUAACAUCAAGUAUAAUACUUAGUCAUGUGUGUCCUUCACUACUGUAGGUCCUUAGUAUUGAUAGUUAAUAUGAUAUGGUAAAUAACUGGUUCGGUGGAGAAAUCGUUGUAAUGUGUUAUCAUAGUUACAAUGACGAUUUUUUAAUGAAAUACUUUUAGAAAAUAACACGAAUAUUGUAGUAACAUGAAACAAC